AUGACCAAUCUUCGGAGCUCUGGCACCAGCGCCAAAGCUCUCUGGGGUUUCCCCAACCUUCCGCCCAGCGAUCAUCUUCCGGCACUCAAGUCAAGCUCCGAUAUCAUUUGGGGACUCUGGAGCUUAGCGAGUCCAAACAACUUACGUGCGAUCAAGUACGUCUUCAGCACACCUAUCACAAACGACGAGACGGUUGUUAUCAUCAAGGAAGUUUUACAAGACAACUGUCUCCAGUUGGAUGAACUAAUGGAGUGGACUAGGCGUGAAUUUGCAGCAGAUGAGCCAGAAUACCACAAUUUGCUCAGGAAGUUGUACUUCAGUCUCAGGUUCUUUUUCUUCUUGUGUAUAUGCUGCUAUGUCAUGACGAUGAUGGGAGCACUGACUUCUACUGUUCCCAUAGGAUCACCAAGUGGACCUGCUAUUGGGUAUUUCCUGGCGCAACACAAAAGACAGCUAGGCAGCAAGUGUCUUUCGAAGAUCAAUGUCUUCAAGGCGGAUACCAAUGUCGCUCUGGCCAUCUGUCUCUUGUUCACGAUCGAAGAUAAGGUGGGGGGUUUGAGGGCCGAUACUGGAAGCGAUGCUAAGGCGAUGUUCGUGAAGCGAGACAAUGGUGGUAAGAACCUUGUGAGGCAGCAUAUUGUGUGGGUAAAACUCUAG